CGCAAGCCCACGUGAUGACAACAAUCGCCGGCCGCGAACAACAACCCGACGAAUUUCCCGUCUGUUUUGUUACUGUUAAUAGUGGUAUUGUUGGUAUUGUUAACACAGGAUUUGUUUAUCUCGUCCAAGGUAAAUGACAUUUAAGCAUGACUGAAAAUUGUAAAGAUGAGCCAUGUACUUUGGAGGAGGAAGAAGACAGCGAUGAUAACGUGUUACACUCUCUACCUCCUGCAUUACUGCAAACUACAUCUAGUCUCAGAUGUGAGAGCAAGAUGAAACCACAACAUGAUUCUUCUUUAGAGAGUGAUCGCAGUGAGCUCAAGUACUCUUUACACCAGAUCAGCCGGAGAAAUGUGCAACAGAACAAGGAUAAUCAUGGACUUUCAAAGCUUCAAAAAACGCUACGUAGUGACAUUGAACAGGGAGGAAUAACAAAGCUGAUUGAAGAGGAGGAUGAGAGACAUGGACAAAGUAGUCACCAGGACCAACAUCUUGAGUCAACACUUCACAACAAAAACACAACUUGUAGAUCAGAAAAUAAUGCUAAGGAAACUUUGUUGCCAGAGCAUGAAGAAAAACUGCAGCAGUAUGCAUUAGAGGAUGAAAGAAUUGCACCACUGCACCCAGGAGAAGAGAUAUUUUGUAAAGGCAAGAUAGGCAAGAUUUUCUCAUUUCCGGGAAGGCUCUCUUUGCUAGACUGUGGUUUUAAUUCAAAUAAUGCUGAUGCUAUGGAGAAACUUUUGAUGACAUCAGCAUCAGAGGAACUUGAGCAAUUGAUUGUAUCACGUACCAUCGAUGACAUGUACCUGGUGAAACAAUGCCCGAAUUCUGUCAUGUUGUGGCUCCUUCAACUCAUGUCCAUCCAUGAAGGAAUGAUGAUCGCUGGCACUAUCUUUGAUAUGAUGUGGUCAACAAUGAACUUGUUUUCACAUUUACAUGCAACCAUCGAGCCGUGGGUUCCAACAAUUAAAGACAUUGUGGAAGUCUUCAUGAACUAUGGAGCAAAGAUGGAUACUUUGUUGCCACCUACAAUUUUUCAAGAGCAUUUUACCAUCAGAGUUGUUGACUGUCCUCAAAGUAAGCAUCCACAGGCUGUACCAAGACUUCUCCCUGUGUCUAAUCUACGUCAAGUAAUACAAAUGUUGACACACUGUUUAGUGAUAGCACGUAAUAGGAAAGCCUCUCUAAACAACAAAGAUUUACAAUCACUUGCCUACAUAAUAUGCAAAGUUUCUCUGGAUAAGCAACUUACUGGAUGUGCAGUGCGGGUUGAUUUUGAACAAUGCUUAGCUGCUAUUCUCAGUUGUUUUGAUGAAGGAACUUGGCACCAUGAGGCAAGCGUUGUUUGUAAAAUGCUUAUCCGCUGCAGUGAUCACCACCACAAUUUAGUUUAUUUGGCUCAACUGAUACCAGCAAGUAUACAUCGUGGACGUGUGUUUCGUCGUUUAUUGAGCUAUGCUGCUUUGAGGAAGCUAACAAGCCAUAGUGAGAGUGUUGAUCAACAUUAUGAAGGAGACUUUGGAGAACUAAAGGUGAAUGACUUGCUUCCUUUAUUGUCAAAAUUGAACCCGAAGAGCAGGUUGGAAGUUGAUUAUCAGCACCUACAUAGUGUUAUCACUCUAGUGGAUCUAGCUGUUGGAAGCAAUAUUUAUCUCCUCAAAUCAUCAGACAAGGAAUCCUUGGCAAGCCUGGUAAUAAAGCUGCGAGAUAUGGCAGGAGAUAUCCGCGAGAGUCAUAAACAUUUGUGUCGCACUCAAGUCAAAGAUAUGAUGAUUCAAACAGCAAGCAAACUCACUUACUUUGAGCAAAAUCUAACGACCAAACAGACGUAUCUGCAAACUAUUUUGAAUUACGACCAAUGUUUCAGUGAAGACCCUUCAAACACUGCCCAUUGUGAGAGUAAUCACCAGUUCGAUAAAGACCUGGAAAUAGAGGCUAGUGUCCCCAGCGACAGUUAGCAACAAUCAAGGUGAAUGUAGCAGAGAAGAACCCCAAGCUAAUCUAAUCAUAGUAAGCAGUAUUGCACACCAGACAUCUUCAGAAAAGAAAUCUUUUAAUACAUAUUUUUGGUAAUUCAGGAAUAUUCAUUUAAACAUAACAUGAGAUUUGCCAAGGGAAACCAAGUAAUAGACUUUCAAGAUGUUUUUUUUCUGGUUAAGGUUAAUCCAUAUCAUCCUUCUUCAAAAGUAUACUGACUUUAUGACUACAGCUGUACACAAACUAAAUAAAAUCUUCAGGUACUGUAAUAUUAGAACAAGAGGACUUGUCCAUCAUAAAUGUUCACCUUUUUUAGAAAAGUGACCAUAAUGUAUCUUUCAAAAUAAAUAAAUAAAUAAAUAAAUAAAUAAUUGAUUAAUUUUAAACUAUAAGUUGUCUCAGACAAUCUAAAGUUUCCUUAAGAUAAACGCAACGAUUUAAUGCAAUACCACUAACUCAUUCACAUUCACUUCACUUGUAAAUUAAUGCUACCUUAAUCAGCAUUUAGUUUCAGAUCAGCAAUCAGCAACAGAUUUCAUUGAAAAGUCAAAUCAGAUCAUUCAGAUUCAAUCUUUUUCCUUGAAAAACAGAAACCUUUGAAUUGAAGAGUUAAUUGUGAUUCGAAGUGAGUACAUUGCUCUGUCAAUUGAAUUUAGAACAAAAAUAUGUUUGUUUAAUGUAAUUUUAAAAUGUUUUGAGCACUGAUGUGGAUCCCCACUUUCUCACCAACAUUUCGAUUUGCAACAGACUUGUAGUCAUUAAUAAAGGGUACUGUAUAACAAAAGAUAGGGAAAUUAAUUCAGUCUAAACAAAAGCAAGAAGAACUAGACAUUAGGCCUAAAAAAAAUAUAUGUUGGAUUGCCCUUUCACCUGAAUUUUUGCUUGGGUCGGUCGGUCAAGAUUUGUUUUCCUCUUUCAGAUGUCAAAGAACGCCCAAAACUGCAUAACCAUUUCAUGGCAGAUCAGUUGUCAAACAAGCAAGGUAUUAAUCAUCUUAUACUGUACAUCUCGUUUCAAGCUCUCUUUUUGCGUCUUUAUUUUGGCAAAUUCCUUCAAAAACAAUUUCCAAGAGUCAUUUCAUUCACCAUGUUUUUCGUCCGUUCAAUAAACGAGCGAUACCAUAUAUGGGCAUUACUGGUAACAGCGCCCUCUGUUGUUCAAUGGAGUGUUAGACUGAUUCCUUGUGAAAUCAUGACGUCGGAUAAACAGGCGUGUGGUUUGAUAUGUGACACAGGCUCGCCCUAUCCGUGCGUGUGAGGGAAAUCGAUCUACAUUUGUACGUUGCAUUUUUGUGAACGUUGAAACCACGACUGUUGCACUGGAUAAUUAUUAUUGUCGACCAAAAACAAAUAUUUGUGUCAAAUCAACCAUUUUGAAAGCAUAAAAUAUUCAUGAAAUCAAAAUUUGGAAAUAAACAAAAAACGAAAAUAAAAAUAAAUAAAAAACGCGACCAAAAUUUUGCUACUUUUACGGUCGGUCGGGAUAGGGCAAUCCAACAAUUUUUUUAGGCCUAAGGUAUUUGUGCGCAAACACAAAGCUGUUCCGUGUUGUUUUGCUUCGAUUAAGUGCUUCAAAGAUGAUAGUUGGUCUGAUUUUUUGAAGAGUUGUGGUCUUUACCCAAGAUGUCUGUAACUGAAAAAAAAAAAAAAUUGAAAAUUGUUGUGUAGUUCUUGAGAUAUGGUCCCACUCCCGGUUGACCCGA